GAACCUCCCCGGCCUGCCGCUGACCCUUCAGCGGUUUAAUUGCGACUUUUCCUGCAGCCGGCGCCUGGCUGAGCCCCGCGUUAGCAGCAUGGCCUGCGGGAAGGGUGAACCUAUCAGAGUCCUGGUGACUGGAGCUGCUGGGCAGAUUGCUUACUCGCUGCUGUACAGCAUUGCCAAGGGAGAUGUCUUCGGCAAAGAACAGCCUCUUAUUCUUGUGCUGCUGGAUAUCACCCCCAUGAUGACUGUAUUGGAAGGUGUAGUGAUGGAGCUGCAGGACUGUGCCCUACCGCUGCUGAGAGAGGUCAUUCCAACAGACAAGGAGGAAGUUGCAUUCAAAGACCUUGACAUAGCAAUUCUGGUUGGCUCCAUGCCAAGGAGAGAGGGCAUGGAGAGGAAGGAUUUACUCAAAGCAAAUGUGAAAAUUUUCAAGUCUCAGGGUGCAGCCUUGGACAAGUAUGCCAAAAAGACUGUCAAGGUUGUGGUAGUUGGGAAUCCAGCAAAUACUAACUGCCUGAUUGCAUCAAAGUCAGCCCCAUCAAUACCAAAGGAAAACUUCAGCUGCUUAACUCGUUUGGAUCACAACAGAGCUAAAUCUCAGAUUGCUCUGAAACUUGGUGUGACUGCUAAUGAUGUGAAGAAUGUCAUCAUCUGGGGCAACCAUUCCUCCACUCAAUAUCCAGAUGUUAAUCAUGCAAAGGUAAAUGUGAAAGGAAAGGAAGUUGGAGUUUAUGAAGCUAUAAAAGAUGACAGCUGGCUGAAGGGAGACUUUAUCCUGACCGUUCAGCAACGUGGAGCAGCUGUUAUUAAGGCUAGGAAGCUGUCCAGUGCAAUGUCAGCUGCCAAAGCUAUCUGCGAUCAUGUGAGGGACAUCUGGUUUGGCACUCCAGCGGGUGAAUUUGUUUCCAUGGGAGUAAUUUCUGAUGGCAAUUCUUACGGUGUUCCUGAAGACCUGCUGUAUUCAUUCCCUGUUGUGAUCAAGGACAAGACUUGGAAGUUUGUUGAGGGACUUCCUAUUAAUGAUUUUUCUCGUGAGAAGAUGGAUCUGACUGCUAAGGAGUUAACUGAAGAAAAGGAGACUGCUGUGGAAUUCCUCUCCAGUGCAUGACUAGGUGAUGAGGAAAUACAAAAUCAUUUAAGAGUGGAAGAAUCUAAAAGUCGUCUCUAAGUCUACCAAACACUAUUCCUGUAUUCAAGUCAACUGUCUGUGACAAUUGUGCAUUUUAAAGUUCAUAUGCUUACUGGUACUGUUGUGCCUAUUGAGUUAUUAGCAAAAAGAUUAUUAAAGAAGUAAAACUAGUUUGUUGACCAAACUUUUUGUCUGUUCAAUACUAGUUGCUUUCUGUGUAUGAUACAGAAUAAUUGUUUGCCUUGGCUACUAACGCACAAUCUGAGUUUUGGUUAGAAUUUGGCACUAUUGGAACAUGUGCUAGUCCGUGAUCACUUCAGCAUCCUAUGGCUCAACUGAAAAUAAAAUUAGAAUGCCAGUAGUUCUCCUCGAACCAGUAGUUCAGUGACUCAAGUCUAUCACUGGACAGACUCCAAGUAUAUACUGUUCACUCUGUUGACAAACAUUGUAAGCAUAAACAGAAAUAUUAAAAGAUGCUUAAUCA